AUGGCAAAUAUAAAAGCCAAUAUAGAAACUGUUAAAUCACUGUCGAAGAUGAUAGUUCUCAUACAAGUAAUCACGCUUUUCUUAUGUACAGUCCACUCCACGGAAACAGAUGAACUUGUUGACCCACUUUGUAUGACCGACUUUGUAGCUGUAGAUAUGAGUUCGGAUCAGGCUCAUAUAGUCAAGCAAAAACUGUGUUAUGACCGCAUACCCAAUUAUACACACGUUAUCCAUGGAUAUGACAUUCAAUCAAUUUGCUUUGUGCACGAAGAUUAUAUGAAUGUCAAUAAGAGCACAGGAAGAAUUAAUAGAUGUGGUGAGUGGCUUCAAUUAAUCGGCCCGAGUGAGAAAGUAGUCGACUGUAUGGUGGCUGGAUAUAUAGUCAUAGAGACUGACGGAUCCACCGAGGCGAUUGAACGAAGAACUAUAGGUGUUCCCACAAACAUCUUUGCUCGACUGACUUCUGGUGCGGACAAUGCCGCCAAUUAUGUGACACAAGUCACUUUAUUUGAAGUUGCGUUUGAUCUGGGAGUGUCUCCGUCACUCUAUGUCUUAAAUAGAACAGAGGACACAGUCACCAUUCAAUUCACAGAUCACAAUAGGCCAACAGAGAAGAUGGCAGUGGAAUAUAACAACACAAUUAAAUCGUAUUACAAAGAGUUUGACGACACUUACAUCAUCCCAAGAAUUAAAGAUGAUAUCAACAUCCAAAUGGUCUCUUUUGAUGAUGAAAAGAUUAGAUUCAUGGCAAUCAACUUGGACAAAGAAGACUCCGCCACGGCGCGUGUGAGGUUCCCAGCAUACAAAACAAAGCCCUGCAAGUUCAGCGCGGACACUGAGAUCUUCGACAGAGAUGUCAAGUUGGUCGAGAAACUGACGUUCCAAAAAUGGCAAGUUUGGAUGCUGAAUGAAAAACUUGAUGCGACAAUGUUUGAGUGGGGAAACAACGACAUUUCAUUGACAGCAGAAGGCGGAAAUCUGACGAUUGGAUUUGCUUAUGCGACUGCUUUGAGAAUACAAAAGGACUUUAAAGAGCUCAGAGUCGAGAUGGAAAUAGAUGGAGACUAUGAGUUCAUGCAGUCCCAUCUGUUACACGACACUUCGCUAUUGGAAAUGAACUUUGCGACCAUUUCAGUUGUACAAGCCGGUCUACCAACUCAAUACUUCAGACCGAGCGGAGGGAAGACCCUUGAAUUGAAAGUGGCAUUUAACAUUAAGAGUAUGUUAUAUGCAAAUGUUAUAACUAUCACUCAAAAGUUAAGCAAAGGCACUCACGUUGUACUGAAAAGUGCAAAUCUGAUAAGGGAAGAGGAAAUGAAAAAGUCUGACCAAUGCAAUUCAACGGCGUUUGAUUGUUUGAACACUGAAUGCACAAUAGACAAUGGAACAUUUGAAGAUGGAGUGUCACCUUUCAUAAGUGGAUGUAUACCAGCAUGUGGCGUAUGUAGAGAUGGGUUUGUCUGCUCUAAACAUGGAAUAUGUGUUACAGAGCCAGUGUAUAAUUUAAGGGAAGCUACUACUGGUGUUGCUCUAUUUUUGGCUCUCAUAUUCAUUUCUUUGUUGUAA